CGCAGUGCAACUGUGCAAACCUAGAAGAAUCGGCAGCUUCUGUGGACCCCUCUCCCACUCCCCUCCGGCCCUCCCCUCCCACCUCACAUCCCUUCUUGCUUCUCGCCUCCCCACCCUUCAUCCACCCGCCGCUCCUCAAGCCCCAAGCUCCGGCGAUAUGUCACGCUUCGGUCGAUCCGGUCCGCCGCCGCCGAUCCGCGACACAUAUUCACUCCUCGUCCUCAACAUCACCUUCCGCACGACUGCUGAUGACCUCUUCCCGCUCUUCGACAAGUACGGCGAGAUUGUCGACAUCUACAUCCCAAGGGACCGCAGGACUGGCGACUCGCGCGGAUUCGCGUUCGUGAGGUACAAGUACGAGGACGAGGCACAGAAGGCAGUUGAUAGGCUCGAUGGGAGAUUGGUAGACGGGAGGGAGAUCAUGGUGCAGUUUGCCAAGUACGGUCCAAAUGCUGAACGGAUUAAUAAAGGGAGAAUAAUGGAGCCAGUUCCAAGGCCCAGGGGCCGUUCCAGAAGCCGCAGUCCAAGACGGAGGUACCGUGAUGAUUAUCGAGAUGACUACCAGGAUAGAGAUUAUAGAAGGCGAAGCCGUAGCCAGAGUAGAGAUAGAUACGCCCGUGACAGGUACAGAGAUAGGGAUUACCGCCAUCGUAGCCUGAGUCGCAGGUACAGUCCUGAUGAUUACAAGAAGCGUGGGAGAGACAGUUUGUCUCCUGCACGAAGAAGCCCUAGUCAUAGCCGCAGCCGCAGUUACACUCCUGAUGAUUACAAGAGGCGUGGCAAAGACAGCAGCGCAUCACCUGCAAGUAGGAGCCCUAGUCGCUCCCCUCCUCGCAAGACGCCACCUUCUCCUAAGAGAUCUCCUGUCAGGCACAAUGAUGACCGGUCUCCACGCUCACGGAGCCCUUCAACAUAAGCACAAUUCACUUGCAAAGCAUCUUGAACAGCUCAGGAUGAAUGGACUUGCUCUGAUCCUAUGUGUGUGUGGCUAUGCUUGUGCUCAAUGGUGGGCACUUUUCAGUUAAAGUUUUGUAGUGCUGUCUGUCAGUUGCUGCCUCAAACUUGGAAUACUACUUCUGUUUGGCACCUGAACUGCUUAUCAAAAACUUUAUGUAUACCAGUUACAUUCCACUUUUAACCUUCAUAUUAGUAUUACCAUAUUAUAACUGUCUUUUCAGUAUUUAGUACUUACUAUUCAUGGUGACUUGCACCUUUCUAGUUACAUGGAGUGAAGAUAUGCUGGCUGAUAUGCGGUCAACAUGCACGUAGCUUACUGUUGAAGUUGAUAUAAUCUGUGCUGUUUGCGUUGUUGAUGAUGAUGGCUGAUGAGAUGAUGGAACUGCAGCUGACUGCACAAUUUGCUGCUGUCUGCACCUAUUAUGCUGACAAGUAAGAUUCCAAUGAUUUAGCUGAAUUCAGUGUUCCCAUUUUUCGUGUCAUAAAAUGCAUGACACCACGAAUCUUGAAUCUACAUGCUUAGGUGUUAACACCCUUUUAAUAUUUUGGUUUAGAAGUGUCUGCACUGAUUUAUCAUAGAUCUGUUUUGGGGUUGUUGGAUCAUAAGCCUACAUGUGCAUUAUUAAUUGUUGCAUGCACUGGUUGUGCUGUCAAUGCAUUUCUGCCAUUUGCCAGACAUGUCUUGUAAAGAAAAGCAUAAGCUCAGUCUUACUUUUGGAAACUGUUCCAUUGUCUUGAGUAGAGGUGAGUGUUGUACUGUUGUUUAAGCUGUAUACACACUCGUGUCAUAAUGCCGUUGUAGUGCAAUCCAAGUUCAUUGACAUGAUCACGAGUCAUAAAAGGGUAUCUUUUACCCCAAGUGUUCAUUAAUCUCACCUACUUAUGCUUGCAAGUUAAUGAUUUGCAUGAAAUAAGGAAGUUCUCUGCAUUAAUGUAUCGAGAGUAGGAAAGGUAUGAUGGCAUGUGAGUAUUUGGAUUUGUUGGUGCUCUUUACCCUUCUUCAGCAAUAGAAGGCGUGGGGAGAAGUUUCAGCGACAGAAAUGCCUGACUAGUUGAUUGAUCUUCUGGAUCUGAAUGCUGAUGAUUUGCUUCAAAGACUUAGUCUCAUGUAGUCAUGUCAUUUGUGGAGUCUGCUGACCCAUCAGGCUCUGGAUUUUGUAACACGAACUUUGAUAUGCUUCUGUGAAAAAAAAUGGGUAACCUUACAUAAGUGUUUAGACGGUUUAGUGGUGUUCUGCUCUUUUCUUUACGGUACUGAAAAACAUUGACUGUUAGUUGGGUUGUUAACCUGGUUGAAUGUUAUACACACUUAGUUCAGCUGAAUUAAAUUGUUUAUUUGAUU